AUGAAAUAUGAUGCAACCACCAUUGCCAUCACUCUCCUCUUUCUUAUUCUCUUCCAGUCCACACAUGUGCUAGCUACGGACGUUACCGACUCGUCAGACCCCCUGUGGGACAGCAAGUACACAACCUCGCAAAACCGGUCCCUUCGUAUCGUCUCCAUCUGCUUCUCUUCACUCUCGUUGCUAGCAGGAACCUAUGGAAUCUUCUGGUUUUUCUAUCACCAGUAUAAGAAGCGACAUCUGACAAAGAACGCUGGAUUUCGAAGCCGCGUAAUCAAGUUCCGACGAAAACUGGUGCUCGCCUUGAUUCUGUUUGACUUCCUCAAAGCACUCAUGCUAACUAUUUAUCCCGCAAAGAAGCUGUGUGGAACUCCAGACUCGCCACAAUUUGCAGCAGUCAUUGGAUGGUUCACAAACGUGGCAAUUGAGGGUGGCGAUAUGUCUGCCUUUCUCCUGGCCGUGCAGACAGCCAUGAUGGUGUUUGCUCCUCAAAACGAGCACUCAAAGGACAACCUGUGGAACAGAAAAUUUGCCAAAUACUUUCAAAAUGGUCUGUAUCCCUACAGAAAGUACAUUUACGUCUUUUGCUUCACCAUCUUCCCCACCUUGCUGUCUUCAUUGGCAUUUGUUGGAACAAGCUACCCAGCUGCCCAGGACCUGGGCUUUCGAGGAUAUGUUCCUCUGCCUACAUUUGUUUUUCUGCCAGCAUCUCCGACCUGGUAUCGGGCUGUUCUUUCGUGGGGACCGCGGUAUUUCAUCAUGUUUGCCAUUUUCGCGAUUUACAUUGCAGUAUUUAUUCAUGUGAGACGGGAGUUUAAGAGAUUGGAUGUUUCGAUGGCCGAAUUGGCUGGUGCGGAAGAAGGAGGGGCUUUGGAGGAUAAGGUGGAGUCCAGCAAGGGGUGGAAGAGGGUGCGAAUCUGGCUGAGUCAUUUCCCCGGUCUAGGUAUGCUGUAUCAUCACCAUCAUCACUACCCAGGCGUUGAAGAGGAUAUUUAUGGGGAGGGUGAGAACGAAGUUUGGCCUGGGGUUGGUCGACAGGAGAGUUCUUCGGAUUUGGAAGCUCAGGACGACCCCCUAUCUACGCCUCCAGGUAGUCCUACUCGCACCCCAGAUAGUCCCACGGAGGACGAAGGGCCUGUUGCUGCUACUCCCGGCAGAAGAGCUGCCAACCUUGCAGAUUUGCAGUCGCAUAUCAACAAACAGAAUCUCAAGCGGUUUCGGCAGCGACGGGCAGACAUCGAGCGUCAGAUGAACUACAUUUUCAUUUACCCUUUGGCGUAUCUCCUUCUAUGGACAGGUCCCUUUGUUCAACAGGCCAUGCAGUAUUCCAAACACAAGAACGAAUACAGCAAGUUCUCGAUCAUGAUUUGGGCGGUUGUCAGCCAGGCUUCCAACUGCUUCAUUGAUACGGUUGUCUUCAUUCUUCGAGAGUCCAACUAUCGAAAGUGGAGACGGGAGAGAAAGCUGCUGAAGCAGGCUGAGGAGAGGAAGCAGGAGUGCACAAACUGCAACGAGCAUAGAAACAAGCCUCACGAUGAUGACAACCAGUCCAGAAGUGAGGAGAACGAGUCGUCGGCCGGAACUAUAAUUUCGCUACCUACUUUUGGUAACUAUGAAAUGAGGUUUGGAGGAAGUGGCGGUGGAGAUGGUCCAGAUGUGAGGGAGGCGCCGGACUCUCGGGAGUCGGAUCCUCUUUCAGCCCCUCCGUCAGCCCCUCCGUCAGCCCCUCCAUCUGGCUACCAGACACCUACGUCGGUGACUUUUCCCCCCCGUUCCACUGCCAAGAGCCCCGAGAAGGACAAUGAUACUGUUCCUGAGAUGAUGUUUGUGCGGUCUCCUGGUGGAGUUACCUUUGGUGUUCCAUUUGGCAGGCGGUCUGGUGACCUGGAUCGAGAACAACCUCAUAGUCAGGGUCUUUGUCAGCGAGACUCUCAUCGGGACCAUCAUAGAGGUAGCAUCAGCUGGGGCUUUGGAGGACGACGCAAGAGCGAGUUCAGCACUGGAGACGAGGAAGUCGAUCUGGUUGACUUUUUGCGCCAGUAA